AUGGCCGACUCCUUCACCCUGCCUUUGCGCCCCAUCCCCGAGAAGCGUGAUCGUCCAGAUACAUUACCUGUGGAGAUCGCGCAAAUCAACAAUCAGUGGGGCUCUUUUCGCGAGGUUAACGAAGAUGUUCUUCGAAACAAGAUUGCCGAGGAGGAAGAAAAAGAUGGUCUGGAUGAGGUAGAUGAGAGUGAUCAAGAUGCGAGCGAUCUUGACUCGACGGAGCGCUUGGAGCAACUGUACAAGCGGCGCGCCGAGAUCACUCAGUUCGCCAUGCAAGCUCACAUGGAGACCAUGUUCGCCCUCGACUUCGUCUCCCUUUUGCUCUCCAAGCAAGCCCCGCGUCAGGCCGAAACCUCCAUGUCGGCCUUCCUCAAGCAAGUCGCACCCCUCGGUUCGCUCAAUGCCGAGGUCGUGAACCCUCCCCCGAAACCGGAAUCCAAAACAAAAGAUAUAUCAGCAGUAUCAAGAGGAUGGCGGAUCCAAAAUUUCAAUGCGGCCGCAAACAAGCUUCUGCAGGCCGCCUCCAGACUUGAGACCGAAGUCGCGUCGGAGACUCGAUACUGGAACGAGGUACUGGCUGUUAAGGACAAAGGAUGGAAAGUUUCCCGUCUCCCAAGCGAAAAGCAAUCGCUUGGCGUGCAAUAUGGGUUCCUUGAAGCCACGCCGGUUUUCCGCGACCGCGGCCUUGCUUCCUUACGCCGAGCUGAGGAUGGAGCUUUGCUAUUGGACGAAGGAUUGAUCCCAUCCAAAGCCCGUUUUGUUAGAGUACGAGUGAUACAGAAUGGUCGACUUUCGGGAAGCUCUAAACCGACCCGUUCCACCUUCAACGGUAACGAAACCAUUGAGGAUCGCAUUUUGCAAGCUCGUGAUACGGUCUAUGAAGAGGAGCUCUUCUAUGAGCUGGUCCGAGAAGCUCGAGCAAUCGCGAGCUUUGGUGUGACGACACGUCAGAAUCUCAUUCAAAUUCCUGCCUCCGAUGAUCUCGAAAUUUUACUGGACUUGGUUGAUACUGAUGAAGAUACCCCGGAACCUGAACAUGAUAUCUCACAGGAACAAACUUCUCUCGCAGAGGGUUUGGCACAUACAAUCCGGAUAUUGUUGGCGUACGCGCACCGUCAAAACUUGCGUCGUCGGACUCUACUUCCGCUGCCCCUGACUCCGAAAACGCGAUCAGUUCCUGAGAAUCAACUUAUUCGGCCAGCUCUAGCUUACAUCCAGCAUAUGUCUCAUGUACGCUGGCUCCAGUCCUUGCUGAAGGAUCUCUUCGGUGUUUUGCAAUCCGCAGGGUUGGAACCACCAGCGUACACCUCAAGAGUCUUUUCGACAGCAAGGAGACAAACCUCUCCUGCCCCAGCAGUGGAGACCCUCGUUGGUCAGUUCCUUACCCCCUUGCUAUCUACAUUCAACGGCAAAAUCUCGACCCCCCGGGGUUCUUUCUCAAUUGCUAUUCACACCAACCUUUCCUUACCACCCUUCGGCACCAGCUUUGAUGUGUCAUUCAUUAUGCCCAAGUACCCGGACCUUGAGUCUCCUGGUAAACUUUCUCAUAGGGAAGAAGUAGAAGCAGCCAUCACCCAUCUCUUGUUGCUUGAUGUUGUUUCUACUGUCUCGUCCAACGGCGGUCUUCCACAGCCCGAAAGUGACAAAGACGAAACAAAAGGCACUUGGGAAGCGAUUUACCCUCAACAUGGUGAACUUCUGACCCCUUCAAAAUCAGAAAAACGCAAAAAGAUGAAGAUUGCUCUGUCCCGUCAUGAACUGUCUCUCGAGAUCUACACUGUACGCUGUAUUGACGGAACCGGGCGGGGGCAUUGGGAACUGCCCUCUUACCAUUCAAUGCCGCAUACUUGGAAACCAUCCCCUACCGCUGGAUCACCCAAGCAGUCCUCUUUGAUGGAUUGUGUGUUAACCAAGGUGUCACGUUCGUGA